UCUGCCUCAUUGUUGGUCAUCUCUCUCAUUGUUGGUCCUCUCUACCUCGGUGUUGUGAUUGCCUCAUUGCUGGUCAUCUCUCUCAUUGUUGGUCCUCUCUACCUCAGUGUUGUGAUAUCUGCCUCAUUGUUGGUCAUCUCUCUCAUUGUUGGUCAUCUCUACCUCAGUGUUGGUCCUCUGUACGUCAGUGUUGUGAUAUCUGCCUCAGUGGUGGUCAUAAUACUGAGUGAUACUGUCACAAUUAACAACACCAUGACCAACACUAAGUCUCCGCUGCUGCUGCUUAUAUUGACCCUCAGCUUAACAUGCUUAGGGUCGUCCUCUGGCCAUGUGCGACAGCCUAGAGCCAGUGUUGGGAUCGUGGGUGGUGAGGUGGCCACCAAGGGACAGUUCCCGUACCAGGUGAGCUUCCAGGAGAGGGUGCUCGGUGUGUGGAUACACUUCUGUGGAGGUUCUAUCAUUGCACCUGGCUAUGUUAUCACCGCCGCUCACUGCGUCGAGGGAGCAGACUUCACCUCUCCACAAGGACUGCGGGUGGUGGCUGGGGAGCAAGAGCUUCACCAGGUGGACGGGGAUGAGCAGGUGCAACACAUCAGCUUCAUCAUUGAACAUCCAUUCUAUGACCCGAUUACCUAUGAGAACGACAUAGCCAUCCUACGCCUGGAGGAGCCUCUUGUUUACACGCAGUGGGUAAACCAGAUAGAACUGCCCCAGCCGGAUACCAACUUUACUGCAGAUUUGAGGAAGGUGGUAAAGGAACCUGUAAUGGUGAUUCAGGCGGCCCCUUAGCCUGUGGGGCAUCUCUGGCAGGAAUUGUAUCCUGGAGUUAUGGCUGUGCCGAACCUGGCCUCCCUGGUGUCUACACGGAGGUGUCUUACUUUCUGGAGUGGAUCUAUGCACAUGUCACUGAACAGCUAGCAAAAUAAAGUUUGGUGUUAACAUGGAGCAGGAUAAUACAUUUUUCUAAAAAAUAAUUUUUUUUAAGUUACUGUUAUUGUCCUCUGAAAAACUGGAAUAAAAUCUGAAACUGAA